CAUUCUUAUCACUUAUUCACAUUUCUAAUCUACAUCCAGUUUCUUUGGCGCAUUGGAGAUCGUGGUCUUUAUGAAGGCUUUCCAACCGAAACUCGUCGCUUGUGGACCCAAUUGCCCGAAAACUACACCAAAAUUGACGCCGUGUAUGAGAAUCAAGAUCGAAAAAUUGUAUUCUUUAUAGGCCGCUAUUACUAUGUCUUCGAUUCAGUGACGCUAGUACGGGGCUACCCGCAACCUCUCACUUCUUUAGGUCUGCCGCCGUCAUUGACCCACAUAGAUGCCGCAUUCGUUUGGGGCCAUAACAACCGCACCUACUUUACAAGUGGCACCUUAUAUUGGCGAUUAGAUGACGAAACCGGUAGAGUUGAACUGGACUACCCGCGAGAUAUGUCGAUAUGGCGCGGAGUAGGUUACAACAUAGACGCUGCAUUCCAGUAUAGCAAUCGUAAGACAUACUUUUUCAAAGGCUACGGUUACUGGGAAUUCAACGAUGAUGUAAUGGAGGUAGCGCAUCCACGUCCAAAACUCAGUGCACGCAAGUGGAUGAAUUGUCAGCGGCGAGUCAACGAAGUCGAUGAGGAACAAACUUGGACGGCACCCCUCAUCUCUGAACGAAACGAUACAAUAAAUCCAGAUUUAACCGGCGGUAUCAGCGGUAUUCGGAAUCACGCCGGGCGGUGGGCUUUCUUAUGGAAUGUGCUACUACCCGCAAUUUGUUGGUGGUGGUCAGCUUUGGCGACGAUAGACUGAUUGAGCAUGCCAUCAUCCCGUUUGAUAGAAUAAUGAAUCCUCAUGUUUUCACAAAAUGUCUAAUGUGUGACAUUCGGUUUAAAAACCUUACAUAUUUAGGCUUAAUUUCGAAUUCAUAAACGUAUGCAAUAAUAAUCAUUCGUAUUAAAACACAUAUAACUAAAACUAGCCACUUAGUAUAUUUUAAGUAGAAGCGAAACUUUUUUUCAUUCAAUAUAAACGAAUUUUGUUAUUCUCCUUUAAUUUACAUACACA